UUGGCAAGCUGUCAAUUCUGUCAAAAAAUUAGUACAAAUAGGAACGCCAAACUCACCGUUGUUUUCGCGGGUUUAUUAUUAUUUAUUAUUGUAAAAUAAAUUAAAAUGCCUCCCAAGAAACGUGAUAAAGACCUCGACUCCACAAAGAAUCCAAGAAUAGACCACAUCCAAGCCGAUCAUGAGUUAUUUCUGCAAGCGUUCGAAAAACCCACCCAGAUUUAUCGAUACCUCCGAACAAGAAAUAUGUGUUCUCCAAUUUUUCUGAAUCGAACCCUGACUUACAUGCGGUAUCGGAUGUCACGAAGCCAUAAGUCGCGUAUCAAUUUCAAGGUAGACUCGCUGCUAGACAAAGUAACCUCAAAGCAAGACCAUUCCACAAUCCAGCCAGGUUUCAUAAACAUAACAUUCUUAGGAUUCACUGAUAAGAGUCUCGACACUAAUGCUCAAACUGCUCAGGUUGAAACCGUUCUUUUAAAAAUAAACCACAAAAAACGUAAAGAUAGCUCAGCCCCUAGCUUGCAAAUCUCGCUAGGGACGGCCGAAAUCCCCGUCAACCCCGACGAGCAACAACUGCCUCAAACAGCCCCCACCAUUAGUGUUUCAACCGAAUCCUUCAACCCCUCGAAUGGCCCCCUGGCCAAGUCGUACAUAUUCCUCUUCCGCGUCAAAAUCCUCCCCGAGAAGCCCCCUUCCGAGGAGGAAGAACCCGCCCUAAAGAAACGCAAAUCAAACGGCGCACUUGACCCCAUCAAUGACAAAAUCUACGGGGCUGAGCUCACCGUUUACGACAAAUACAAUCGGUGCUAUUUAGCGGACGGUGACUACGACGUUGUCCUUCAAGACUUUACCUCACUUACGAAAUCUUCCCCCAAAAAACACUCCAGCUGGGAGAACGGCAACGACAUUAUCGACACUUGCGGCAAUAUCAACGUAAUGAUGAAAGGGGACGCGUUGUUAAAGUUCAAACUGAACUGGUCCCCCGAGGCCUGCGCCCGCUUCGUGGACCGCCCCAAGCUGUACCCCCUGAGCGAAAACAAGGAAAACAUCCCGCUGGUGAACAACGGCGACAGUAAGGAGAAGCUCCAAAUCGUGUACCAGUUCGUGUACAACAACAACUCGCGUCAGCAGACCGAAGCAUGCGAGGACUUGCACUGCCCUUGGUGCAGCAUCAACUCGGACCAGCUGUACACGCUGCUGAAGCACCUGAAGCUGUGCCAUUCCCGCUUCACUUUCACCUACGUGCCCAUCUCAGUGGGGGCGCGCAUUGACGUUGCAAUUAACGAACUGUACGAUGGUUCAUACACGGGUUCGCCCCACGACCUUAUUCUGCAGCCCACAAUGUGCGCCUUUUCACGCAACGGCCCCGUCAGAAGGGCCUCAGUGACCCACAUCCUGGUGUGCCACCCUAAGAGAGCCAAACCGAGUCUCUCUGAGUUCCUGGAGCUCGAUGACUGCGAGUACGACGGCCAGCGGCCGUUCAUCACGGGGCACAACCGCCUCUACCACCACACCACCACCUGCCUGCCCAUCUACCCCAAGGAGAUGGACGUGGACUCGGAGGGGGAGAACGACCCCGAGUGGCUUCGCAACAAGACGAUGAUGAUGAUCGACGAGUUCACCGACGUCAACGAGGGCGAGAAGGAGCUGAUGAAGAUGUGGAACCUGCACGUGAUGAAGUACGGGUUCGUCGGCGACUGCCAGAUACCACUAGCAUGCCAAAUGUUCGUCCAGCACAAGGGGAAGGAGCUGCUGUUGAAGAAUCUCUACAAGAAUUUUGUCCUCCACAUGGGGAGUUUGUUCGAUUUUGGGCUCGUGAGCGCCGUGUGUUUGUACACCACCAUCCAGAAGCUGCAGGAGAUGGUGGGCGAGACGGGGGCUAUUCGUAACGUGCUGAAGGAGUCCAGGGAGGCGCAGAUUGAUAACUGGUCCCGGUUUGGGAGCGUGCAGAUGAGCGACAAGCCGAGCACCAGCAAGGGAAGGAAGACUGGGAACGUGGGGAUGCAGCGGAGGAAAGGGACACCAACGCCAGCCGAGACCCCGAUUAGGAGGAAGUCGGUUGGGGGGGAGCAGACCACCAGGAAACGUAUCUCCCUGUCGUUGAAAGACCAAAAAAGCAACGCCAGCUAGUAUGUAACGGUAUUAUUUGUGUGAUAAUAUGAUUUAUUGUCCGUGGAAGACUGUAAAAUAGUGAAAUAGCCGGACACUAUUUCCGAUACUUGUAUACCUAAUUUUAAAGUCUGCAUUUUAAUCAUGAAAGGCUUUUUGCUAGGUUUAGGUUGUAAUUAUUUCUAAUGAUUCCACUGCCUUAGAAAAUUGGCCUUCUAGUCAAAUAAUUUUUACCUUUUAAUUUUCUUAUUUCAGUGCUUGAUGGCAAUUCAAUCUGGGCUGUUUUUACUCAUUUUAAACGAUCUUUUUAUUGUCAUCUUUACGUUUGACUAUAUUUUUAAUUAAAAACGCCACGUGUAUUCGUUAGUUAAUGGUUUUAUUUUUUAAGCGAUACGCAGUGGCGUGGUUUUAGUGUAAUUUUGCUUCACACUGUCAUCUUUUAAGUGUUCAGUUUCGCACAAAUAGGAAAUUGGAUAAUCUAAAUUUGUGAAAUUGGCGGCGUAUUGUGGCGGCGGCGUAUUGUGGCACAUUUUUUAAUGUUAAUAAUUAUUUCCCUGAGUGCUGUAUAUAUUUAUACGUGUUCAAUUUAUCCUUGUAGGUUUUAAUAUGUAUAUUGUAAGUUAUUUACUUUUUUAAUUAUAUUGUUUUUUUCCAAGUA